AAAGUGGUUGUAUGAAGAUCAACGCUUGCAGUAUGUUUCCGAAUUUUAUUUGAAACAGUUCUAGUAAGAUAACGGAAAAAAAUUUAGUAGCUGUUCAACUUGGCUUGAAAACCCAUUGCCAGCAAAGUGGCUUUUGGAUUCAGUGCACAAAUUUUAUAUAAAAAUGCCACCUCAAGGCCAAGAGCGAGAUUCGUGGGUACUGUACGAGAACGAUGAUAAGGCCCAGGAUGGAGCUACCACCUUUGUGGUGCCGCCGUCCGCGGAGAAGAGGAAGUGGCAAAUUGUCUGGAGAAAUGUCAUUUUGUUUGCUCUUUUACACAUCGGCGGCGUGUAUGGUGCUUAUUUGUUCCUCUUCAAAGCUAUGUGGACGACUGGAUUGUUUGCAUUCUUCCUGUACCUGUGCUCGGGGCUGGGCAUCACGGCGGGCGCCCACCGGCUCUGGGCCCACAAGUCCUACAAGGCCCGUUUGCCGCUGCGGGUUCUCCUCACAGUCUUCAACACCAUAGCUUUCCAGGAUGCGGUGAUUGACUGGGCGCGCGACCACCGCCUACACCACAAGUACUCGGAGACGGACGCGGACCCCCACAACGCGACCCGUGGCUUCUUCUUCUCCCACGUCGGCUGGCUGCUCGUCCGCAAACACCCGCAGAUCAAGGAGAAGGGGCCCACCAUCGACCUCAGCGAUUUGAGGGCCGACCCCGUACUGCAUUUCCAGAAAAAAUACUACCUAAUCCUCAUGCCUCUGGCUUGCUUCAUUCUGCCCACGUAUGUACCUACACUGUGGGGCGAGUCACUCUGGAACGCGUAUUUCGUAUGCGCGAUAUUCAGAUACGUAUACGUACUUAACGUGACGUGGCUCGUCAACUCGGCUGCGCAUGCGUGGGGCAGCAAGCCUUACGACAAGAACAUCAACCCUGUGGAAACCCGCCCCGUGUCCCUUGUUGUCCUCGGAGAAGGAUUCCACAACUACCACCACACAUUCCCCUGGGAUUAUAAAACAGCUGAGUUAGGAGAUUACUCUUUGAACUUCUCCAAGUUGUUCAUUGAUACGAUGGCGAAGAUCGGCUGGGCGUAUGACUUGAAGACUGUGUCGUCGGAGGUGGUGGAGGCGCGAGUGAAGCGCACGGGGGAUGGUAGCCACAAUGUGUGGGGCUGGGACGACAAGGAUGUCCCGCUUGAGGAGAAGCAGGACGCCAUGAUCGUCAACCCGGCCAAAGAUGAAUAGUCCUUUGCCCAAACUUAUGGCCAAUGGUCAAUAUUUAGAACUUAUUGUUCAAUAUAAAUAGUUACAUAUUUUAGUAGAAUAAAUAUAAAAUUGGUUUUAAACUAAAAUUUAUUUGUCCUAAAUAUAUUAUUUGCGAAAAAAAUUAAAAUGAAUAUAAAAUCUGACAACUAAAGUUAAUUAAUAAAAUGAUAAUAGUGAUGAAACAUACUACUUACUACGAAAUAUAUUUAUAGCUUUAUAUUUACAAAUCUCUGAAGUAAUGUGCCGUGAGGUAACGUUCCCAGAAGGCUGGCAGCAGUACCUUGCUAACGAUUAUUUAAUUCUAUUCCAUUUCUUUAUAAAAUAAAAAAGAGAUUACAUAGAGUAAUAGAUUUUGACAAGUUUAUUGUAUUUUAGAGCGUAGUUUGUCAAUGAUUUAAUAUAGUUACUAUUUAUGAGCUACUGCAUAUAGUUACUAUUUAUGAGCUACUUGUGGAGUUUCGUAGAUUCGUUUAAACUUUGACAGUAAGAACGAAUACCUGAAAACCCAUUAGAGCUAAAUAAUAUUAAAUAAUAUAUUCACCAAGUAGACAUAGAAAAUUUAGUCUUUUUUAGAAUUGUGAUAAUUUAGACUAGCUUUACAUUUUAUAAAUUAUUUAAAUAUUCUAUACACACUAUCAAUAAAGAUUGGUAUACUCGAGAA